AUGUUUCUUAGCACAUCAAGUGGACAGUUAAUGUGUUUUCAUUGUGAUGACUGUGAUGUUCUGUUCAUGAAUGUGGUGCAGUGUGGUGCCGAUCGUCCAAUGCUUCCAUUCCCGGAUAAUUCCGAGUCGACUACUACCAUAAUUCCUCCUACGGUACCGACGAUUGCUCCCGAAACAACCACAAUUUACCCACCGGAAGUUCCAACGAUAGUACCGGAGACUACGACGCAACCUUAUACACCUACACCAACUAUUGAACCAGAAACCACAACACUGACUACAUCUGUUGCUCCUGAAAUCACGACGCAAGAAAGCGUUGCGCCAGAGACAACAAUUUCUCCCACAAUUACUACAAUUAAUCCUGAAACUACUACUACAAUUAGCACCACACCUGGCGAGCCAAUUCUCACUCCACCAACUCAUCCAACGUUCACGCCGCAGCCAAUAUCAACUACACAGAGUGGGCCGAUUUUGACGCCUCCAACUCAUCCAACUCCGUUGCCUGUGGUUCCGGUUAGUUUUGGAAUUGUGAUUCCUGUUCCUCCGAGCCCUUUGCAAUUUGCUUGUCUCUCCGUCCGUCGUAAUGGUAAGCUCUUUCGUUUAUAGGCUAUUACGUUUUCACCGUCCCUGUUUGCAAUCAUUUUUAUACUUUCAGUAAAUAAUCGAACAAUCGUAAGUAGGGGCUGUGCCCAACUAAGGACCAAUGUUCUCGAAACAUGCGACUACGCAACAAACGGUAAACACAAUAGUUGCGCAGUCUGCAUCGGAUCCCUUUGCAAUGGCAACAACUAA